AGAGCCAGCUGCAGCAGCGCUUCCACGCGAUUCCCAAGGCCCAGUACGAGGUCCUCUUUAACCUCUCGUACAGUCUCUACUCGGUGCCCAACGUCAUCUUGCCCUUUUUUGGCGGCCUGCUCGUCGACAAGUAUGGCGUGCGCGCCAUGACGCUCGGGCUCUCGGCCAUCGUGCUCCUCGGCCAAGUCGUCGUGGCGCUUGGCUGCACCUUCAAGAACUUUUACAUCAUCCUCGCGGGCCGCGUCAUCUUUGGCCUUGGCGGCGAGACCAUGUGGGUCGCCCAAAGCACCUUUAUGACCCAAUGGUUUGACAGCACGGAGCUCGCGUUCGCCUUCGGCGUCAACACGUGCAUUGCCCGCAUGGGCACGGUCCUCAACGACAAGCUCAGCCCGAUCAUCGCUGACGAGUACAGCGUCUCGGCCGCGCUCUGGGUCGGUGUCGUUCUCUGCGUCGCAUCGCUCCUCUGCAACGUCCUUCUCGCCCACAUCGACCGGCGAGCCGAAGUCGUCCAUGGGUCGCUCGUUGCCAAGCUCGAUGACGUCGACACGGCGCCGCCUCGCCUUCGCGACAUUCGCCGCUUCAGCUGGUCGUUCUGGGUGAUUGCGGUCAAAUACGUGGUCUUUUACGCGUGCAUUGGGCCUUUCAACAACGUAGCGAGCUCGCUCUUCAUGGAGCGCGAGUAUUUCAAGACACCGACGUCGCCCGACUGCCAGCGCUGCGGUCUCGGCGCCUACGAACUCUACUGCGAUGCGAUUGCGCCGUCGUGCCCGCCCGUGCCGCCGUUUAGCUGGCCGCUGCCACAGCUUUCGGCCAACUGCUCGAUCGAGACGGCCGCCGACCAGUACCGCUGCAGCAACGUACCACCCUACAUUCAAGACGAAGGCAUCAACUGCGACGACAGUGCAUGGCGCAACGGCAAGUUCACGGCCAUGUACUGCGCCAAGAAGAGCGCGGCCGCCGAGACCGCGGCGUCGACGAUGAGCAUCGCGCCUCUCAUCAUCGCGUUCCUGGCGCCGCUCUGCGGCAGCCUCAUCGAUGCGAUCGGCCUGCGACCGUUCUUGGCCCUUGGCGCCGAGAUGGCGCUCGUCGUGGCCCACUGCAUCAUUGGUUUUAUGCCCGAGAUACCCGUGGUCUGGCCGCUCGUGCUAAUCGGUGUCGGUGCCUGCUUCUUCUCCUCUUCCAUGUGGCCCUGCGUACCAUAUGUCGUCGAGCCGCGCUUUGUAGGCACGGCGUUCGGGGCCAUGACGUCGUUUUCGAACAUGGGCCUCGCGGUCGUGCCGCUGCUUGUCGCGUCCGUGUACAACGCGUCGGGCAAGUACAUUCCCGACGUGGUCCAUGUGUUUUUGGGGUUUGCGAGCCUCACGGUUGCCUUUGGAUUGCUGCUGGCGAUCAUGGACGUCGCCAACGGCUACCGGCUCACACGCAAAUCCUUGUCGCCGAUGCUCGAGAAGCAGCACUCGCUUGGCGACGCGUCGUCGUCAUCGCUUCUCGACACCCUGCUCAUGGACGAGGACGAGGACGAGGAAGACGAGGAUGUGUAGAUGACUCUCUAGUGGUUACAAUGCGACGACGACGAUGAGUGUUAUUUCCAAUCGGGCCGCGCCACUCGGG